AGCCGUUGGUUGGUGGAUUUGUUGUGAUUUCCAUGUUCUCAUCGGAUAGGUUGAUUGGAUAGAUUGAUUUUGUUGUCCUAAAUGUCGUGCUCUCUAAACGCUUAGCAUGUAGGGAGAUCUCCUGACGAGUUGGCUAUCGAUAUUGGGGAUGAAUGGCUGCUUGGGGUACUUUCCUCAGUAAAUUACAAUAUGAUUCGAUGUAACUGUUGAGUAGUCCAGGUCUCAGUGCCGACUGCCGAGUGUGGGCUGGGUUUGGGGGCUGUAAUUAGUAACAUUGUUGCUGACUUUGUACAUGUUUACCCUCUACUCCCCCAUCCCAAAAAAAGGCAACCUAGUGAUUUGUUGUACUAGGAGGUCGUCUUUUUUUUUUUAGGACGGAGGGAGUAUGACUUAAUAAAAAGUUCGAUUGGUGCACUAGUGUCGGUCCAGUGAGAUUAGGCCACCAAGCUCUCUUGCAGUGCUAAGUGGUAAACUGCUAAUACACGUUCUGAAAUCCACAAUCACUUGCCCUCAAUGCCCCGGCCUAGCAGUGCCUUUGUAGAAUCAUUGUAUCUAGAUAGCAGCCUCCAAUGAUUUCAAUGUGUCCACAUCACAAUUCCUUGUCGCUAAUCUAUUUAAGAAACAUGCCUGAUUGCCGUAAGUCUUGCUCCUGCAGUACGGCCUGAAACACCUCUUUUCCCUCUAUGAUUUAUAACAGUUCACCAUGGAGACCUUCCUUUCUGCAGUUCUUGGUGAUCUUAUCAGCAGAUCCAUAUCCUUCCUCAUUGAUACUUGAUACUACUGGAAGCAACAGGGUGUGGACGAGAAUCUGCAUUGGCUGCAGUGCGCGCGUCUGUUGAUCCAAACCGUUGUUGAGGAGGCCGAUAGGAGACACAUCACAAGCUAAGCAAUGAUCCUUCAACUUCAAAUGAUGAGAAAAGCGAUGUACAAAGGCUACUACAUGUCUGAAUCUUUCAGUUACCAAAUCAUCACAGGUAAAUCCCAAGGUGAGUUGGUUGACCUCUUGAUCGCUUUCUCCCAUUUAGUUCAGCAAAGUGGUUUUAUUUAUCCACUGGAACAACGGAAAUACUCUGUAAGGGGAAGAGAUAAAAGAGAUGCAAAAGAUGGUUGGUAUCUUGAAAAAACAUAGAAUAGAGCAGUCUUUUCUACUACAAAUGAGCAUAGGUAGUAUGAAGUAGAGGAUUAUUGAUAACCUAUGUUAAUUGGUUGAGUCUGAAUCGAGUUGAUGUUUGCUAAUUGUAAGGUAUGAGUCGUGUUCUGAAAAUCACCUUCUCAGCCUUCUGAAUGGCCCACUGUGUAAGGAAAAGAAAAAAAAGAAGCCAAAGCAUUGAAAUGUUUUGAAGGUGUGACUCGUUCUCUGAACCUUCUCAGUCCUCACGAACCUUCUGUUGGCGACGGGCCACCUGUCGACAUGACUAAUUGUGCAGUCAACAGCUGAAUGUCUGAAACGGACAAUCAUAUGUCAAUGAGUGAUCCACUGUGUAAAACAAGCCAAAGCAUUGCUCCUAGCAGCGGUCUUGCAAUGCAAUUUUGUUUUUGAAGACACUUGCAAUGAGUUCAACAGCAACAGGACAACUUGUUUAAAUUGCCAGCCUGAUUGCUCUCCCUCUUCCUAUCACAAAAAUCUCACCAUGGACACCAUCUUUUCUGCUGUUCUUGGUGAUCUUUUUAGCAGGUCCAUAUCCUUCGUGAUUGAUAUAUACCAUCACCAUCACCAGGGCGGUGUGGAGGAGAAUCUACAGCAGUUACACCGCAUGCUGUUGCGAAUCAAAGCCGUCGUUGAGGAGGCAGACAGUAGGUGCAUCACAAACCAAGCGAUGCUGCUGCAACUCAGGAUGUUGAGAGAUGUCAUGUUCAGAGGCUACUAUUUCGUUGAUAAUUUCAGCUAUGUGUUGCUGGAAAACUGCAUGUUUGGUCGUCAUGCAGAACUGGAAAGGGUCAUCAAGUUCUUGCUAGAACAACAUCCUCUUUGUGGUGCAAAAGGUAUUGAUGUGCUUCCGAUAAUUGGACCAGGCAAAGUUGGGAAGAGCACUCUUGUUGAGCAUGUCUGCCGUGAUGAAAGAGUACGUAAAUGCUUCUCUACAAUUGUUUUCUAUGGCCCGGAUAGCAUUGAUAAUGGAGACAUGGUGCUUCUUCCAGACACCAGGGCAAUCAAAUAUCGAAAUCCUGCCUCAGGCGAACAGUCAUUAGCUAUCAUUGAACUUGUCGAUGAGAUGGAUGAUGAAACAUGGAGAAGAAUAUUACACAGCUUGAGAGGAGACCACAUAACAUCUGUGAGUAAGAUCAUAAUAACGAGUCGAUCAAGAAAGAUAGCAACUUUUGGAACAACAAAAGCACUCCAAUUAGAUUUUCUCCCAAAAGAAGCCUUUUGGUAUCUGUUCAAGACGGUUGCAUUUGGGAGCACAAAUCCUGAGGAGGAGCCGAAGCUAGCAUCCAUUUGUAUGGAGAUCGCAGACUUGGUGAAUGGAUCAUUCAUGGAAUCAAAUGUUGUUGGGAGCAUACUCAGAUCUAAUAUUACUGCUCAAUUCUGGUACAAUUUUCUCAAACGCUUGAAAUAUUUCACUGACAGACAUUUCCGUCUGCUAGGUGAACACCCAAGAGACUCAUACAAGUCUAACCGUGGGCGUACUUACAUAUGGAUGCAUAAAAACUACUAUGGUGACGGUGACGCAGCGACAUACAAUCUUUACCAUGCAAAUUCUGCAGGACUAAAUAAUCUACCAAUGAUACGAAUGAGCGAUAUGCUUAUCGGAAAUGUUAAGCCUCAGAAGAAAUGUGAAGCCCUGGAAUGGCAAUCCAGCAUACCUCCAUACUAUAGCUAUAUCGUGCAAUACGGGAUACUUGCACGGCAGCCGCUUAUGCUACCUAAAAGGAAGCGAUCCCGGGCGCUCUUAGAGGAGUUAGUUUGAUCCAAAAUAAUGUUGGUUGUCAAACUAGUUUAGCUCCAUCCAUAUGGCACAUCAAACAAAUAUGGAUUCUAUAACAGCAACAGUUUAUAAAAUAUGUUUGACUCCAUUCUUAUCCAGUUAUUUUGAUGUAAACUUACUAUUACUUGUGUACAUCUUUAUGCAGGAAUGUCGUGCCAUCUUCCGUCAUAUAAUCUUUUAGUCA